AAAGGUAGGAGAAAAUAUCAGAGGCUAAAAAGUCCUCUUUUGUUGUGUGAAAGACGGAGGGAGGAGGGAGAGAAGGGGCAGAGCAAUGCACUCGCUUUGCAGUGGAGAUGCCACACGGGUAUGCCUUCAUGGCUGCUGUCCGAGACCUGUCCCCUUGCCUGAACCCCAGAAGAAAGUCCCCAGCUCCAGAAGCACUGCUGCGGAUUGUCGCCGCGACUUUGCUGCAACUACUGCUGCUUGUUUCUUCCCCAAUACACAAUUCACCAAUCACGAGUCUCUCCCUUCCUUGCAAGAAGCCUUCACUCUGUUUGAGGAAGCUUACCCUCAGUACUCCGAGACUGAUCAAGCUGACCGAAUCCGAGCCCAGGAGUACUAUCAUCUUCUUCUCUCCAACCACAUCUGCCUUGACUAUAUUGGCAUCGGUCUCUUUUCCCAUUGCCAGAUACAAAUUAAGUCCUCUUCACCAACUACAAUUGCCUCUACUUCUUCUCCAUCAAAUUUACCAUCUCCCCAGAGUUCGAAUAUCCCCUUAUUCGGUAUAUCAUAUAAGUCAGUGAAUCUGAAGUCGCUGCUACAAUAUGGUGGUCAGGAAUCAGCACUGGAAUCUGCAAUGAAGAGAAAAAUCAUGGGUUUUCUUAAUAUCUCCGAAAAUGAUUACUGCAUGGUUUUCACUGCUAACAGAACCUCAGCUUUUAAACUUCUAGCAGAAUCCUAUCCGUUCCAAUCUAGCCAGAAGCUUUUGACGGUUUAUGACUAUGAGAGUGAGGCGGUGGAAGCAAUGGUUGAAACGUCAGAGAAAAGAGGAGCCCGCGUCAUGUCAGCAGAGUUCUCAUGGCCGAGACUUAGAGUUAACUCUGGAAAAUUGAGGAAGAUGGUUGUGAGAAAAAAGAAGAAAAAAAAUAGAGGACUUUUCGUGUUCCCCCUUCAGUCUAGAAUGACUGGAGCAAGAUACCAUUAUCUAUGGAUGAACAUAGCACAGGAGAAUGGGUGGCAUGUAUUGCUUGAUGCUUGUGCAUUGGGGCCAAAGGACAUGGACACCUUCGGCCUCUCUGUCUUUCGUCCAGACUUCCUCAUUUGUUCUUUCUACAAGGUUUUUGGGGAAAACCCAACUGGAUUUGGGUGCCUAUUUGUCAAGAAAUCCACUGUUCCAAUCCUGGAAGCUUCUACGAGCACCGGGAUUGUGAAUCUUGUUCCAGCAAAGAAGCUGUUUUGGUUACCUGGCAAUUCUUCUGGUACUGACACCGAACCUGAACAGACAUCUAAAUUCGAGUUUCAAGAAGAAUUACAUACGUCAAGCUCCUUCUCAGGUCCCCUGUCCAUUCAGAAAACAUUGUCUGGAAGAUUUGAAUAUGAACAAGGGGAGACCUCCGAGUUACCUAACACAGAAGGCACUGCAAAACACGACAGACCAGAAACUUCCAAAGUCAUAGAAAUGGAAAAACCGGCUGAUUUCGUCCAACAGAAUACUAAAGUCAGAGGGAAAGAAGGCUUAGAGAUAGAAUGUAGAGGCUUGGAUCAUGUGGACUCACUGGGACUUGUACUGAUAAGUAGAAGGGCCAGGUACCUGAUCAACUGGCUAGUAAAUGCUUUGACAAAGCUCCAUCAUCCCAAUACAGAGGAGGGGAGUCCCCUGGUCAGAAUCUACGGGCCAAAGAUAAAAUUUGAGAGAGGACCUGCACUGGCAUUCAAUGUGUUUGAUUGGAAAGGAGAAAAAGUUGAGCCCAUUCUCCUACAGAAGCUUGCAGAUCGAAGCAAUAUUUCUCUGAGCUAUGGAUUCUUACACCACUUAUGGUUCUCAGACAAGUACGAGGCAGAGAAGCAGAGGGUCAUUGAGAGAAGAGAAACUGAAGCAAAGGGAAUGGCACAAAACAAGAGGAAAGGAAAAUAUGAUCUUGGCAUAACAGUGGUCACGGCUGCACUGGGGUUUCUGACAAAUUUCGAUGACAUAUACAGGCUUUGGGCUUUUGUUGCUCAGUUCCUGGAUGCAGACUUCGUGGAGAAAGAGCGAUGGAGAUACACUGCUCUUAAUCAGAAGACUAUUGAAGUUUAAGCAAAAAAAAGUUAUUCAUUUAUUCUUUCAGAUUAUGAAGUUCAUAAAAAUUUAAGUUUCUGCAGUCAUCAAGAUUUAUAAAUGCUAAAUAUAAAUUGUGAAUGAAAUAUGGCUGUCUAUAUUUAUUUUUUCA